AUGGAAAACUUCACAAUCAGUUGUGUCCGUACAAUCAUGAAGUCGUCACUGGUCUUCUUGUUCUUGCUCUCCAUUGCCCUUGGAUUCCCUGACAAGGACGGAUCCGAGAAAGUGAUUCAACCAUGGCUCGACACCUUCCACAAAUCUAUUCUCACCCGUGAUAGAGAUGCAUUCAAACAACUUUUUGCUGAUGCAGGAGUUCCGAUGUUCUUCUGUCAGAAAGUAUCGGAGGAAAAACGAAAGUAUCGGGAUGAAUUUCUACAAGGAGAUGACCUGUGGAACUUUCUUCUUAACAAUGCCACUGACAUUCAUAUCAGUCUUCACGAAUCUCAAUAUGAUAGACAUAAUUCUGACCUCAUUCGAACUCAAUUGGCUAUUACUGGAAUGGGAGAAACUGGUGGGCACAUGGCUGAAAUCGAUUUCGAAUUCAAUUCUACUCACGUCUUGUGGAGAAUGAGUGAAUAUUUCCCAUGUGGAAUGGUUGCUUUCAAUCGAGAUUGUUAA